AUGGACAUUCCCAGCCGACAAUUCUCCAGCGAACUGCUCAAGAUCUUACAGCUAAUUGCUGAUUCACACUUUGUUGCUCUGGAUCUCGAAUUCUCUGGCAUCUCCAGCCGUCGAACUCGUGCCGGGAAGAGUAGACUAUCGUUACAGCAAGUGUACGAAGAUGUCAGAGAAGCCGCAAAACAGUAUCAGGUCUUGCAGGUCGGGCUGACGGUUGUGGAAGAGGACGCUCGAAAAGGUGUUUAUGUGCUACGGCCUUAUAAUUUCUUCAUCAAUCCUAUUCCCGCGAAGGAAGAAUACAACCGGAUUGAGCGAAUCUGGUCAUAUCAGAGUGGCGCGGUUAGUUUUCUGUUAAAGAACAAGUUCCGAUUCGACCUGCCUUUCUCAGAGGGCAUUAUGUAUCUUUCACGGAAGGAGGAAAGGCAGAUCAGAGCAUCAUGGGCGGUACGAGAUGCUGAAAGGGAAGCACUUGAGGAUAUGACAUUGAAAGCCGACGACAAGCCCCUGGUCGAUCAUAUCCACCUUUCAGUGCAGAAAUGGCUAUCACAACCUCUUGUGGAUCGAGAGGACUACUUGAACAUCCCACACACCACUGAAGAGAAGCCCCGAAUCAAACAUAUACCAGCGGUCCUCAAUCGGUACCAAGUCAGGGUGACCCAUCAGGUCAUUCGAAAAGACUAUGCACAUUUGAAGACGCUUGGUAGAGAUGGUUUCGUGAGAAUCACAUUACGAAAUGAGAAAGAAGACGCGGAACAGAAGCUGCGUCAGGAACGAUACCGUGAGCAGGAUGUUGUCCAAGCUAUUGAAUUCAGGUGGAUAAUCGAAGCUUUAUGUGGGGGCGACAUCUCUAAAAUUCCGGAACGAUGCUUUCUCGCUAAUAUCUUGAAUGACAAGAACCCUAGCAACGAUGAUGCAUCUCGGAAACAGUACAUCGAAGAGCUACAGCGCAAGUUAAGCACACGCCGGCGAGUGCUUUUCGGACACAAUUGCUUUAUUGACUUGGUAUACCUAUAUGCCUGCUUCAUUGGCGAUCUGCCUGAAAAAAUCGAGGAUUUUCAGGAGCUCAUUCAUGGAUUCUUUCCUGCCGUGGUAGACACAAAAUACCUCGCAUCUUUGGUGAAAGAGCUACGUUUCAAUUCUAACCUCGAAGCACUCGAAAAAGAGAUGCGAACCGAGGAAGCCCCAGCUAUCAACGUACCUGUUGCUUUUGACCGGUAUGUGUGGGGUGAACACUUUCACGAAGCUGGGUUCGAUAGCUUCAUGACGGCUAAAAUAGCUAUCAAGCUAUCAGCUAAGCUUGAGAAAGAAGGAAAACUUCGCGAAGCAGCAAAGCCUCAGAAGAUUAUCAAAGCAGGAGAGACAAUAUUGAUAGAUUCGGCUGUCGAUAUAGAGGAGGAACAAAUGGAAGAUUAUGUCACAGCUCCAGAAUCUGCAGCUGACACUGAUUCCAUCGUGAACGAGCUAGAGUCCAAGCUGGCAGUAGUCUUCUCAAGCCCUGCAAAGAAGACUUUUGAAAUGUCCCAACCAUUCGAUGCGCGCAAAUUGCCUGAUGGGCGCGGAUUGCCAGACACAUAUAGACAGACACAACCAGAAGUUCCCUCUAAAGGAGAGGGUAUCAAACCGACAGGCCAAAUGAGAGACGAACCGCAGCCCGAACCUUCGCAGCAUUCAAACAGUAGCUUAACACCUCAGGAUGAUAAAUUGACACUGGACACUUCAUCAACUAGUACUCCUGUUGUGGCGGUCAAGGAGAAAGUGGUGGGCUGGCGAAGCCCCGUGGAAGUGAAACGCAUUAAGAAUGGGCUUGCGCACAAUAGCAUGUUGGAUGUCCUGGAUACACCAGUUGGCCCAAAUACCGAGGAUACUUCAUUCCCCGAGCAUGACACCAUUACAAAAAUCAUUCCUCGAGAAGAUGAGAACGCCAAGCAUCCAGAAACGGAUUUGCUUGUUUGGAGCGACAGAGACGAAGACGACGACGACGAAGAAGAUCAUGAAGAAGAAGCAGAAGGAGAAAAUGCCAAUGCAGCCGGCGAAGCAAUUCCGAUUGAGGCUGAGGAGUCAGAGAAGCCAAUGACAGCGCAAGAGCUAGAAGACCGAAUUAACAAAAUGUCAGCGAAAGGUGACAUGAUGCCUCGAUGGGAGAGCGAAAGUGGUAUCUGGAAGGUCAUUGGGAACAAGCUGAUCGUCAAUGCUUGCGAGGAAGGUGUCUGCCUCCUAUAA